AUGUGUUGCAAAUGUUGUGUCUAUUAUUAUUAUACUAUUUAUAACAUAUUUAUAAUUGUCAUCGUAUCGAUUCUCUAUAUUACCGCCCAAUAUAAUGUUAAUGGAGUGACGGUAACACAAGUGCACAUCAUAUCCAUAAACAGCGGAAGAAGCGAUUAUGUAAUACAAGGCGAAAGCGCACAACUUUCGUGUCAUUACUUAUUCACAAAACCGGAGGAAAGGGUCCAAUCUGUCAGAUGGGAAAAGGAUGGACAAGACGUAUAUUUUUCAACACCAAACAAAAAGCGUCCGAUCGCUGUGGGAGUCCUUAAAGGACACAUUGACUACAAUAGUAAAGACCUAUUGAACACCGUUUCCAUACUGAAUGUGACACUUGAAAUGCACGGCACCUACUCGUGUCACGUCGACUCUGAUCUAAAUACAUCUCAAAAUUCAGCCACACUUACAGUCAUUAUCGAUGCCUGCAAAGAGAGUCACUGGAAAACACACACCGAUAUGAUUAACUGUACCGAAGAUAUUAGCUUUUAUUGUAUCGGAAUGUUUCCAAAACCAUCGCCAGCCUGUAGUAUACAUAACGAUUUUACCGAUAAAUAUUUUGCGGGCGAAACGUUUGAUAUUAAUCGAGAACUGCCUAACGGAACGUACGAAAUAUCUAUUAGGAGGCGCUAUCACGUGACCGACUUUAUCAACUAUGCCGGACAACUGUCCUUUCAAUGCCAUUUGUUAAUUAUGAUGACCUCAUGGCGUAUGGGAAUCAAUUAUAAACUGUUUGGCGACUCGGGUUGUAUCGAUGAACCGCCAAAAAUAAAAAACGGUAGUUAUGUAAUAACUGGUGAGAGAACGUGUUGGCAAACACCACGUGAAAACUCUCACGUCAACUACACGUGCGAUGAGGGUUAUGAGCUAAUGGGUCCAUCAAUACUGGUUUGUAGGAACGGUACGUGGAUUCCCGAU